AUGUGGACUACCCUUCGCAACGCGGCCCUCUUCACGGCCGUCGCCAUUCAGCCCUUGGUCGGUGCUAUUCCCGUGGAAAACAGCGUCGCUCGUCGUGCCCAGGGCAAGACAGUCGAGGUGACCAUGAAGGGUCACUUCCGGUACAGCCUCCUCCAGGAGGUUGAGAACCCCAAUAACACCGAGUCGGCGCUCAAGCGAACCAUCGAUACCUCCUAUGAGAUUAAACGCUCAAACUUCUUGGAGGAGACCAGCUCGGUGACCAAGACGGAGUCUGAAUCCGUCAGCUCUGGAAUUGAGCUUGGCGCAUCGUACGGUGUCGCCGAAGCUAAGGUCAGCGCGGGCAUGGAGACCUCGUCUCAGUUGGAGACUGCCUUGUCCAGCGUCAGCCAGAUUUCGACCGAAGAGACGAUCAGCGAGAAGCGCUCGAUCGAACAGGAGUCUAAUGAUCCUUCUUUUGCUCGGACAGUCAAUGUCGGCAAGGGUGACACCUUCAAAAUCUACGAACGCAUCUUCGAUGGUCCCGGCAUCACCAUUCACACGGAUGCGAUCUCUGGUGGACCCGACGAUAAGGAAGAUACUGAGGUUGAAUUUACCGUGACUCUCCAGCAGCACAAGUUCCUUGCCGAUAUCAAGGUCGAGACCGGAGACAGUGAGUUCUCCGAGCCUAGCGACGCUAUCAAAAUGGUCGGCAACGGCAAGCCCGACGUGAACAAAGGCCAGGAUGGAGACUAUGUCUGGCUGGUUCCCGUCUGGACUACCCAGGUUUCCGACGCCGCCACUAACGUGCAGGUCGUCAUCCAGGACAGCGAAGAGGACGGCCAUGACGACCUGGCAUCUGGAGCCGGUGGCAAGUACCGCUACCUGUUUCCUCAGGCGCAGGAGAACAACUCCGACAAGAUCAUCGACGUUCAGCUGUACCGCUCCAAGGAUUCGUUGUCUUCUGAUGCUCUUGGCGACAUGGGUUUCCAGGGCAUGUCUUCUGACAUCAACGAGGACCGUGGCGGUGACUACCUUUACCUUCUGUGGAAGACUAUCGAUGUUGACGCUACCACUGUUCGCUCUUAA